AUGGGCGCCAGAAUUGCAAUAGUAUUGCAUGACUCCAAUGGUAUUGAGUUUAAUAACGAAUUUGCUGCGGUUGUAGAAAGAACGCUUGAGUUUUUAGAAGAUUCCGUUGACUACAGCUUGGAUAUUAUCCUAGAGGAAAAGUUUACUGAUGCAUAUCAUUUGGACUCGAUUUUAGGGCACAUAUACAGUAUAGCUAGAGAUGUGCUGAUUACAAAGGACCUUUUUUUCACCAGCAUCAAUGUCUUAUUCAAUGUGCAAGAACACAGCGGAUUAUAUGAUGUUUUAUUCUUAGGGGAGUCGUGUGAUGGCACUAAACUCAACUAUAAGAGACUAGAGACGUUUAAACUCCAUUCUGUUGUAGAUCAUACAGAAGAACAAAAGCAACAGUCCUUGGGAGAGGGCCAAUAUAGAGUAAGUGCUGUUGGAGGCACGUUUGAUCAUAUUCAUGACGGGCAUAAAAUACUUCUAAGCAUUGCAUGUUUUAUUACUAGUGAGAAACUAAUAAUAGGUUUAACGGAUCAAGAAUUAUUGAUGAAUAAGAAACAUAAAGAUAUGCUUGAACCUUUUGCUGUGAGAUCAGCUAAUGUGGAAGCUUUCCUUAAAGCUUUAAAACCAACAUUAAAAAUUGAAAUGAUAGCAAUAAGGGAUGUAUGUGGACCUACAGGUACUGUUCCUGAUAUUGAAGCUUUGGUUGUCAGUCGUGAAACUCUUGCUGGUGGAGAAGUAGUCAAUAAAACCAGAAAGGAAAAAGGUUUAUCGACACUAGAUAUCGUAAUUGUAAAUGUCCUGGGUGGGAGAGAAGAAGAUGGUUGGAAGGAGAAGUUAAGUAGUACCGAACUUAGAGAGCGUUCAUCAAAAAAAGUGAGUCAAUGA